AUGUCUGGCACAAAAACCUUCAACCACAACUAUAUUAAUAACCUAUCCAGAAUAUUGUACCACAACACAUCCAAGGUCAGAAUACUGUACCACAACACAUCCAAGGUCAGAAUACUGUACCACAACCCAUCCAAGGACAGAAUAUACUGUACAAUAACCCAUCCAAGGUCAGAAUACUGUACAACAACCCAUCCAAGGUCAGAAUACUGUACCACAACACAUCCAAGGACAGAAUACUGUACCAUAACACAUCCAAGGUCAGAAUACUGUACCACAACACAUCCAAGGUCAGAAUACUGUACCACAACCCAUCCAAGGUCAGAAUACUGUACCACAACCCAUCCAAGGACAGAAUACUGUACCACAACCCAUCCAAGGAUAGAAUACUGUACCACAACCCAUCCAAGGACAGACUACUGUACCACAACCCAUCCAAGGACAGAAUACUGUCCCACAACCCAUCCAAGGACAGAAUACUGUACCACAACCCAUCCAAGGACACAAUACUGUACCACAACCCAUCCAAGGACACAAUACUGUAUCACAACCCAUCCAAGGACACAAUACUGUACCACAACCCAUCCAAGGACACAAUACUGUACAACAACCCAUCCAAGGACAGAAUACUGUACCACAACCCAUCCAAGGACAGAAUACUGUACAACACAUCCAAGGUCAGAAUACUGUACCACAACCCAUCCAAGGACAGAAUACUGUACAACAACCCAUCCAAGGACAGAAUACUGUACCACAACCCAUCCAAGGACAGAAUACUGUACCACAACCCAUCCAAGGACAGAAUACUGUACAACAACCCAACCAAGGUCAGAAUACUGUACCACAACCCAUCCAAGGACAGAAUACUGUACCACAACCCAUCCAAGGACAGAAAACUGUACAACCCAUCCAAGGACAGAAUACUGUACCACAAUUCAUCCAAGGACAGAAUACUGUACCAUAACACAUCCCAGGACAGAAUACUGUACCACAACCCAUCCAAGGACAGAAUACUGUACCACAACCCAUCCAAGGACAAAAUACUGUACCACAACCCAUCCAAGGACAGAAUACUGUACCACAACCCAUCCAAGGACAGAAUACUGUACCACAACCCAUCCAAGGACAGAAUACUGUACCACAACCCAUCCAAGGACAGAAUACUGUACCACAACCCAUCCAAAGACAGAAUACUGUAAAAUAACCCAUCCAAGGUCAGAAUACCGUACAACAAUUCAUCCAAGGACAGAAUACUGUACCACAACCCAUCCAAAGACAGAAUACUGUAAAAUAACCCAUCCAAGGUCAGAAUACCGUACAACAACCCAUCCAAGGUCAGAAUACUGUACCAUAACUCAUCCAAGGACAGAAUACUGUACCAUAACACAUCCAAGGUCAGAAUACUGUACCACAACACAUCCAAGGUCAGAAUACUGUACCACAACCCAUCCAAGGUCAGAAUACUGUACCACAACCCAUCCAAGGACAGAAUACUGUACCACAACCCAUCCAAGGACAGAAUACUGUACCAUAACCCAUCCAAGGACAGAAUACUGUACCACAACCCAUCCAAGGUCAGAAUACUGUACCACAACCCAUCCAAGGACAGAAUACUGUACCACAACCCAUCCAAGGACAGAAUACUGUACCACAACACAUCCAAGGACAGAAUACUGUACCACAACACAUCCAAGGACAGAAUACUGUAUCACAACCCAUCCAAUGACAGAAUACUGUACCACAACCCAUCCAAGGACAGAAUACUGUACCACAACACAUCCAAGGACAGAAUACUGUAUCACAACCCAUCCAAUGACAGAAUACUGUACCACAACACAUCCAAGGACAGAAUACUGUACCAUAACCCAUCCAAGGACAGAAUACUGUACCAUAACCCAUCCAAGGACAGAAUACUGUACCACAACACAUCCAAGGACAGACUACUGUAUCACAACCCAUCCAAUGACAGAAUACUGUACCACAACCCAUCCAAAGACAGAAUACUGUAAAAUAACCCAUCCAAGGUCAGAAUACUGUACAACAACCCAUCCAAGGUCAGAAUACUGUACCAUAACUCAUCCAAGGACAGAAUACUGUACCACAACCCAUCCAAGGACAGAAUACUGUACCACAACCCAUCCAAGGUCAGAAUACUGUACCACAGCCCAUCCAAGGACAGAAUACUGUACCACAACCCAUCCAAGGACAGAAUACUGUACCACAACCCAUCCAAGGACAGAAUACUGUACAACAACCCAUCCAAGGACAGAAUACUGUACAACAACCCAUCCAAGGACAGAAUACUGUACCACAACCCAUCCAAGGACAGAAUACUGUACCACAACCCAUCCAAGGACAGAAUAUUGUACCACAACCCAUCCAAGGACAGAAUACUGUGCCACAACCCAUCCAAGGACAGAAUACUGUACCACAACCCAUCCAAGGACAGAAUACUGUACAACAACCUAUCCAAAGACAGAAUACUGUACCACAACCCAUCCAAGGACAGAAUACUGUACCACAACCCAUCCAAGGUCAGAAUACUGUACAAUAACCCAUCCAAGGACAGAAUACUGUACCACAACCCAUCCAAGGUCAGAAUACUGUACCAUAACACAUCCAAGGACAGAAUACUGUACCACAACCCAUCCAAGGUCAGAAUACUGUACCACAACCCAUCCAAGGACAGAAUACUGUACAAUAACACAUCCAAGGACAGAAUACUGUACCAUAACCCAUCCAAGGUCAGAAUACUGUACCACAACCCAUCCAAGGUCAGAAUACUGUACCACAACCACUCCAAGCACAGAAUACUGUACCACAACCACUCCAAGGGAAAAAAACUGUACCACAACCCAUCCAAGGUCAGAAUACUGUACCACAACCCAUCCAAGGUCAGAAUACUGUACCACAACCCAUCCAAGGACAGAAUACUGUACCACAACCCAUCCAAGGUCAGAAUACUGUACCACAACCCAUCCAAGGACACAAUACUGUACCACAACCCAUCCAAGGACACAAUACUGUACCACAACCCAUCCAAGGACAUAA